GGAGCGGUGGCUCAGGGGCAGUCGUAUUAACCAUAUUAUCGUUAGGUGGUCUGGUGUUGUUAUGCAAUGCCCUUCGAUUCGUGGCAUCGCCAACAUACCGGAAAAACUACGGAACAUUUACCUGCGACGACUGUGUAGGCAUCGCUCUGAGCCAUGUAGUCUAGAUGGCGAUGUGUUUGUGCAUCGAUGAUAGCCAACGUCUCCAUAGGACGAGCAGGAUGUCUUCUGCGGCACUUUCGACUUGCUUGCCUACGACCUGGACUAAAUCUUUACCUGUGAUUUGCAUUUUGGGCCCUCAGGUAUCACGGCUUGUGGAGGGCUCAAGACAGUUGUCGUAUCAAAAGCACUCCUCGAAGCUUUUGCUUCCUGCAGCUGCAGGUGGUCCGCCAGCCGCUCGAACCAGCCAAGCAGCCCAUAUCACUCUUGAUCAGCUGCGGGCCAAGGUUCUUGACGAGCUGCAGAUCCUCAAGGAACUGUACCGAAAGAAAUUCAGGGUAUGCUCGGCUCAAGUGGAUCACCGGCGAUGUCGACUGCAAGUCGGCGGCUCCACCGACAUCGCCGUUGAUGCGAGCCAUUACUGUGGGAAGCUAACGUUGCUAUUCCACCCUGCACUCAGGAUCAAAUUGCAGAGUCUUAUGAUACCAGCAACCGUAUACACAUUCACCAGCACAAUCCCCGCACUGAAGCCAUGGAGAGAGAAAGAGAACUCAGCAGGAAGCUCGCAAACGACCAGAUUACUGGCUUGCCCCAGGUUCAGCAUGGAUCUGACUCUGCCAAGCACCAUGAGCUCGUGCACUCGAAAGAAGCUCCUGCGACAAACAAAGGCACGCGACAGAAACUGCCUCACAUCAAACAGAAUCAGCAUACCCAUGACAACAACAGCCGUGCGGAUCGCAACUCGAAGGGCAAGCGAGACGUCGAGUUGCCACAUAUUAAGGAGAACAGGGAUCAAUCAAAACAACACCAGGGCAAGCCUUUGUCCGAAGGCAUUGAGAAACUUCCAAAGGUCCCAAAGAAGGGCAUAACAUUUGAAUCCGAUUCACAGGUCCCUGGAGAUCCAGCUGCCUCUGGGAGUAAUGACCGUGGU